AUGGCUACAGAAAGUCAAAACGCGGCACAAGUCGCCGAAACCUCAGCAGAUGCACCGACCAAGCCUGAAAGCCUCGAAUCAGAGAAAAUAACACAAACAACGACGACACCACCGACAACGGCUACAACGGCCAUUGUGAUCAUCUCAGUGCUUCUGAGUAUGUUCCUCGUCGCACUGGACAGAACCAUCCUCGCCACGGCCAUACCCCAAAUAACAGACGAAUUCCAUUCGCUCACAGAUGUGGGCUGGUAUGGGAGCGCAUACCUGUUGACUUGUUGUGCGUUGCAGUUGAUAUUCGGAAAGAUAUAUACACUCUUCUCAGUCAAAUGGACUCUUCUAUGCAGUAUCCUGGUUUUCGAAGCAGCUUCUGCCCUGAGUGGAGCGGCUCCCAACUCGACUGCCCUGAUCGUGGGACGAGCUAUCUGCGGUGUGGGUGCGGCUGGGAUCUUUGCCGGUGUCGUGGUCUGCAUCGUCCAUGUCGUCCCUCUCCAUAAGCGUCCUCAGAUCCAAGGAAUGUUUGGUGCCCUGAUGGGGGUUUCUUCGAUUGUGGGCCCCUUGAUCGGCGGUGGGUUUACGUCGAACGUCACCUGGAGAUGGUGUUUCUAUAUCAACCUGCCCGUCGGGGGAGUGGCGAUGGCCGUUAUCUUUAUCUUUUUGAAGAUCCCCGACCAGCCUACCGCUCGGACCCCUUUGGACGAGAAGAUCAAGCAACUGGAUAUCCCUGGGACCAUCCUCCUGAUUCCUGGCACCGUCUGCCUUCUUCUGGCAUUACAAUGGGGAGGCCAGACCUACCCAUGGAAUGACGAGCGGGUGAUCGCCUUGUUGACUCUCGCCGGUGUCCUCUUGGUUGGCUUCUCUGCCGUCCAAGUCCUUCUCCCGAGGACCGCCACUCUGCCUCCACGAAUCAUGAAGCAGCGUAGUGUCGCUGCGGCGUGCUGGGCAACCCUGACUAUCAAUUGCGGAAACUAUAUCAUCAUUUACUUUCUCCCGAUCUGGUUCCAAUCGACUAAAGGAGUGUCUGCUUCCGAGUCCGGCAUUCGCACGCUCCCCCUGAUGAUCUCCAUGGUAGCCGGGUCCAUAACCAGUGGUACGCUAAACACCAAGAUUGGCUACUAUACACCACUCGCCAUUAUCGGGACUUGCCUCAUGUGCGUGGGAAACGGACUGCUCACCACGUUCGAGGUGAAUACCGGAGCGGGGAAAUGGAUUGGGUACCAGAUCCUGUACGGUUUCGGCCUGGGCUUAGCGUUUCAGGUACCAAACCUCGCGACACAGGCAAGCCUGCCGAAGAAGGACGUACCUACAGGGCUAGCGCUGAUGCUAUUCGCAACUCUACUGGGGGCGUCGGUGUUCGUAUCGGCUGGAGAGAAUGUGCUUGCCAAUCAAUUGGAGAAGAGGUUGGCCGGGGUCGAUGGGGUUGAUACUAGUUUGAUCACCUCUGAGGGCGCUACUUCUUUGCUCCAAUCGCUCCCGGAUGAUGUGCGUAAUACCGCUCUUGUUGCAUAUAAUGGGGCUCUGAGAGAGGUCUUCCGUGUUGGUUUAAUCCCGACAUGUCUGAGUGUCCUCGGGUCUGCAGCCCUGGAGUGGAGGAGCGUCAAGAAGCCGGCAGGACAGAACUCUACGGAGAGCGGAGGGAAGGAUACGACUGAAAAACCAUGA